AUGGGGUCAACUCCAGAAACAGCACCUACAAACAAGGCCGUCAACAAUGGAAGAAGCAUCUCUUCCCAACAAGAACAACAACAAGAACAACAAGAAGUCCUGCGAACGCCCAUGCCCUCUGACUUUCAGCACAUGAAAGUCCUCAUGGCUCGAACCUUUCGCAAAGACACUAAAAGACCCAUUCUCUGGUUUGGAAAGUUUCUUUCUCUACCACUCAUGUUUAUGCUCUACACGGUUGGAAUCUUUCUGAGUUAUCAAGAGGAAGAAGACGACCUUCAAGUGGGAGAAUACAGACUCUUCAAUGGAACCACGCUCCGAUUUCCAUAUGCACUCAAGUUGGGAGGAAUUGAUACCAGCUUUGUAGCGAGCAUCGCUUCUGUCUUGACCAAAGAGACCUUUCAGCAACUAAAUGUCACCAAUAUUACUAAUGCCGAACUAAUGUCGAGCGAAUGCGAAGGCAUUGGUUGGCCGUCAGUACAAGCCUGUGUCUUUUUCGAUUCUCCCAAUUCGUACGAUAUUUUGUAUGAUGGUGGGCAAUCUGCUCAAUUUGUGUCUUCGACAGAGCCAGAGUUGGUGGGCACUCAAUGGGCCAUGAAUCAGGCAUUGGGUAUGCUUUCCAAUAUUACAAACGCCUUUCCAUUCGGCAUGGUUCAAAGAACACCCCAAUUGGUGACAGCUUCGGAAAAUGAACCAGAUUUUUUGGUGUUACUUUUGCCAUCCUGCAUGUUUGUCUUGGCAAGUUUGAUCAUGUCACAAUUUGUGGUGGGUCCCAUUUCCUACGAAAAGUUGAAUGACGUGACACGAUCCUACUUGCUGGUGGGCGUCAAGCUUCGAUCUUAUCUCUAUCAAUGGGUUUUGUAUCUAGGCUUGAAUGGUAUCAUUACGGCAGCUGUCUGUUCUGUGGUGUCUGUGUACUACAAUAUCAUGCCUCUAUCGUCUGGCUAUUUCAUUUUCAUUUCGCAUUAUCUGGGGUUGCUGAACAUUUACAGUGCUUACACGCUGAUCAUGCAAGCGGUGGCACAAGAAGAGCUGGCACAGGGCAUUCCGUGGUUGGUUGGUAUUGGAUCACUAUGUGCCGCCUUGCCCAUUGUAAUUUUGGACAAGGCUGACAAUAUUGGUUUGUACAUCUUGUCAGUGAUAUCCCCAUACAUUGGAAUUCUGCAGUACCACUGUCUCUACAUUAAUUAUGAUAACUAUGGGGUCGGAAUUGGUAUCACGAAUGGAACGACGCUGGUCGAAAGUGGAUUGCUCGGAAAUAUGAUUGCGCAAGUGCUGGGUUUGUGUCUCUGGAUGACAGCCAUAUGGGUGUACUCGUCGACCCAAUUCCGCAAUUGGAUGUCGGGAAACACGGAAGCCGUGACAAAUGCGUCCAAUGGUCGUACUGGCGGGGACGACAAUGGUGAAACUGGUGACAAUUUUGAACCACUGCCACCAGGUUCCGAAGUCAUGUUGUCGGUCCGCGGUUUGGAGCAUACCUACUAUCCCGGUUGCUGCAAACGAAAGGACAAACCGACUGAGGUUUUGAAUGGUCUGGAUAUGACCAUUUGCAAGGGUGAAGUGUAUGGAUACCUCGGUCAUAAUGGUGCAGGAAAAACAACAUCGGCCGAGAUUUUGGGUGCCGAACUUCCAUUGCAGCAUGGAAAUGUCACCUACCGCUUUCGGGAUGGUGAUAAGAAAGUGGGAAACGGAGAAGAUGAAAUGAUCAUUCGUUCGAGAAUUGGAUUCUGCCCACAGCACAAUUCCUCCUUGCCCAAAGACUUGACCUGCCGUGAGACUCUUCGCCUUUUUGCCUAUCUCAAAGGUGGUAUCUUGACCCAAGAGGGUGAAUCAAUCGAUAAAGCUGUCGAAAAUGAAGUUCAACGACGCUUAGAUGAUGUCAAAUUCACGUCACAAGAGGAUGCUGACAAGUUGGUCUCCACUUACUCUGGCGGGAUGCAACGCAAAGUCCUCAUUGCGAUGGCCCUUCUUGGUGACCCAGAAGUCGUCUUCUUGGAUGAGCCAACUGCUGGUCUCGAUCCAUACAACCGACGUACCAUUUGGGACAUGAUCAUUGCCGCCAAAUCUGGGCGAAGCAUCAUCCUGACAACCCACUUUCUAGACGAGGCUGACAUUCUGUCUGAUCGCAUUGGGAUCAUCAAGGAUGGAAAGCUAUUGACUUGUGGGUCGACCCUCUUUCUAAAGCAUCAUUUUGGAGUGGGUUACACUCUGUCUUUCGAUUGCAAAACGUCGUUUGAUGUAACAUCAGUCAUAGCUGAAGCGGAAGAGCUUCCUCGUGAAAACGAAGGAAGCUACGAGUGGCGCAUCAAGCACGGUUCCGAAGAGUUGAUCCCAGAGCUAUUGUCGCAAUUGAAUUCUGUUGGGGCAACAGAUGUAAACGUUGAAUUAAGCACCCUCGAAGAAGUCUUUUUGAAAACAGGAUCGGAAGACGAGGAGAAAGAUGGUGAUGAAGACGAGGAUGACAAAAACAGGGAGAAAGAUAAUGAUGAUGACAUCGAGAGUGGCGAAGACAAACAGGCCUUUCUUCGGAAGGUAUGGGCACAAAUGGCAACAAAGCGAGAACUAACUUUUGGAAAGAAGUUCCUCCUGGUCCAAUCGUUUAUGAUGUCGAACGCAUGGAAAAUCAAAGGUACAAUUUUCCUCAAUGUUGUGCAACCGCUGAUAUACGUGAUUAUCGGUUUCCUGGUUAGCAACAUUGGGGAUGUGCAAGAAGGCGACAUAGUUACCAAUCCCCCAGUCGAUAUCGUUCGUGGUAGCUCAGCAUUCUUCUUUGGUCUUCCGACGUUCAAUGGAUCCAAUCCGAUAGCACCUUUGGAGCCGAUUUCAAUUCCGCAGUCACUGGAAGACUAUGGCUCAAGCCCGAGUCUCAUUGGUGGAUACUAUAACGAAAAUGCUACUUUGCAGUACAACCCAAACGUCGAUUCUCUCGCGCUUCAGAUUGCAGUCUCAGCUCUUUCGACAGCUUCCGCCGCAAUUGCAAACAACGAUACGAUUGACAUUUCUACGACACUACAACAGGUACCUUAUUUUCAAAAUGAGGCACCAUUCCGUAUCGAUAUCAUAAUCUUGCCACUAUUCCUGUCAUUUGGAUUUGCUGGAAUCGCUUUUGUUGUCUUGGAUGUUCUCUUGCUGAGAGGUGACAAUAUCAUUGAACUUUUCAGAGUCGCUGGAAUCACAGAGUUCUAUUCAUAUCUUGGGGUUGCAAGUUACAAGGUGAUUUCAACCUUUAUGCCAUUCUUCACGCUUGUGAUUAUUCUUGGUUUAGCACUAGAUUCAGUUUUGUUUGGGAGUGGAGGACGAUGGCUUGCGACACUGCUUACUAUGUUGAUGUAUGGCUAUUCGACUUGUCCGCUUGGCCUAAUCUUCGCCAAACGAUUCAUUCAUUCUGAUUUCAAGUCUGUCGCCAACUGGUUUCCAGGAGUUUACAUGACUAUGUUAGCAAUUCCUUACUCUGCAUGGGCUUCCGCAUUGCAAGCUUUACCCGAAGAUCUCGACACCAUUCUUGCGGUUGGCGAUUUCUUGUGUGUUGUUCCCCCUUUUGCUUUCCAGCGGGGAAUUGGAGAAGUUCUCCGGGUCUCAUCAUUGCCUGAUGAUGGUACUACUUGGGCGGAUGUUUGGUCCUUGGAAUCUCGAGUAUGGCUUCCAAUGCUAAUCAUGUUUGUAUCUGGGACCUUGUUCUGGACAGUUUUAUAUCGACUGACGAGUGGUCGAGAAAGGUUGACAAAGCUGAAGAAGGACGAGCGCAGCGCUAUCGAACCGCUUGAUGUUAGAGGUGAUUCCGAUAUUAUGGAAGAACGGAUGCGUGGAAUGCAAGAUGACAAAGGUAUCAAUGCGCGUGAUCUAGUGAAAGUGUUCAAGAUCAAGGCGGAAAAGGGUGCAACAUCAAACGAACCAGUUAUCAAGCAAGCUGUCAAGGGUGUUAGCUGGGGUAUUCGUCAGAAUGAAAUCUAUGCUCUCUUGGGACCAAAUGGUAGUGGUAAAACUGUUUCGAUGAGUAUGCUGGCUGGAAAGUAUACUCCCGAUCAUGGUGACAUUGCAGUGGACGGUGCUGUUGCCAAGCUCGAGGACAGAACUGUGCAUCAUUUGUACGAGAAGUGUGGUGUUGCAUAUUGUCCCCAAUUUGACGCUCUCUUUCCAAAGAAGACUGUUGAUGAACAUCUCAAGUUUUAUGCCGCUAUUCGUGGUCUCGACUGGAAUGAAGAAGCUGCAAGGGACCACAUUGGCGCAAUUGUGAGGCUACUUGGCCUGAAGAAACAGCUAAAGAAGGAGUCGACGGCGCUUUCUGGCGGAUAUAAGCGCCGUCUCUCUCUGGCCAUUUCAAUGAUUGGAUACCCAAACGUGCUUAUACUCGAUGAAAUCACGACUGGAGUGGAUCCCGGCGCAAGGCGAAAGAUUUGGGACGUGCUCAAGCCCCAGUCUUCACACAACGAUUUUGAUAUUCCGGCAACCAUACUUAGCUCACACUACAUGGACGAAUGUCAAGAACUCGGAACAAGAAUCGGUAUUUUGAUUGACGGGAAAAUCUCAGCGACUGGCUCACUGAAACGACUCCAGGAACUCUUUUGCACAAGCUAUUUUGUUGAGAUAUCAUUGACGCCACAUGCGAACGAAGAUGCAGAGGACAAGAUUAUCGAGAUUUUUGAAAGCCAGGAUAUGAGUGCUGAGAGCUACGAAUCGCUUCCUUAUCGUUUCAAGUUGAGAGUGCCGUUUACUAAUGGGGCAGGAAAUGACAACACGGAGCAAUUGGCGUCAAUCUUUGGUCUUUUGGAGAAAAAUAAGGAGAAGCAGGGUAUCAAGUUUUAUUCUGUUGCUCCCAUGAACUUGGAACAGAUAUUUAUCGAUUUGUCCAGGAAGCAGUACGAAGUCAACGCGAACUUUUCCAGCACGAGGAACCUUUGA